AUGGAGAAACAAUUUGAACGUAUUCAUACAAAGAAAGGGAACUACAGUAAGUCACUAGUUUCAAACCAAGAAGAUGUAGAUGAUUUAGCAACCUUGGAGGUACUGGAUGAGAAUACAGUGACAGAGCAGUUGCAGAAGAGUUAUGCCAAGGAUCAGAUCUACACGUAUGUUGGGGACAUUCUCAUAGCUGUCAAUCCAUUUCGGAAUGUAGACAUUUAUUCUUCACAGCAUUCCAAACUGUAUAUUGGAGCCAAACGGACUGCCAACCCUCCUCAUAUUUUUGCUGUUGCUGACAUUGGUUAUCAGUCCAUGGUGACAUACAACUCUGAUCAGUGCAUCGUUAUUUCUGGGGAAAGUGGAGCUGGCAAGACACAAAGUGCCCAUCUUCUAGUUCAGCAGCUCACUGUCCUGGGCAAGGCUAAUAACAGGACUCUACAGGAGAAAAUCCUCCAGGUGAAUAACCUUGUAGAAGCAUUUGGAAAUGCAGGCACUAUCAUCAAUGAUAACUCCAGCAGAUUUGGAAAAUAUUUGGAAAUGAAAUUUACUUGUGGUGGCACUGUAGUAGGAGCUCAGAUUUCAGAGUACCUCCUUGAAAAAUCCAGAGUUGUCCACCAGGCAGUAUAUCUGCAAAACGAUCAUUUCAGAAUAGUGCAAGACUUUAUGAACAAUAGCUUUUAUAAGUCGCAGUUUGAAUUAAUUGAACAGUGCUUCAAAGUCAUAGGUUUUACACUGGAGGCAGAUGAGCUGCAAGAGGCCCUCACCUCUCACUGUGUAGUGACUCGAGGAGAAACAAUUAUUCGUCCCAAUACUGUGGAAAAAGCCACUGAUGUCAGAGAUGCGAUGGCCAAAGCUCUCUAUGGGCGCCUGUUCAGCUGGAUAGUCAAUCGCAUCAACACUCUUCUCAAACCUGACAAACAUUUAAGUGGAAGUGAUGAUGGUUUGAACAUUGGAAUUCUUGAUAUCUUUGGCUUUGAGAAUUUCAAGAAGAAUUCUUUUGAACAACUCUGUAUCAACAUUGCCAAUGAACAGAUUCAGUUCUACUUCAAUCAACAUGUCUUUGCCUGGGAACAGAAUGAGUACCUGUAUGAAGGUGUCGAUGCAAGAGUUAUAGAAUAUGAGGACAACAGGCCACUCUUAGAUAUGUUCUUACAGAAACCAAUGGGCUUAUUAUCCCUGCUUGAUGAAGAAAGUCGAUUCCCACAAGCAACAGAUCAGACACUUGUAGAAAAAUUUGAGGAUAAUUUGAAGUCAAAGUAUUUUUGGAGACCCAAAAGAGUAGAUUUAACAUUUGGGAUUUAUCAUUAUGCAGGAAAGGUUCUGUAUAAUGCAAGUGGAUUCCUGGCCAAAAAUAGAGAUACUCUGCCAGCUGAUAUUGUGCUGCUUCUGCGAUCGUCUGAAAACAAUCUGAUACGACAGUUGGUAACGCAUCCUCUUACAAAAACAGGUAACCUGGCACACAGUAAAAGCAAAACUACAAUCAGUUACCAGAUGUGGACCCCCCAGAAAUCAAUCAGUCGUACAAAGUACUCUCUCAUGGAUUUGUUAUCCAAAAUGGUGGUUGGCCAGCCUCAUUUUGUCCGGUGCAUCAAACCGAACAACGACCGGCAGGCAAACAAGUUUGAUAAAGAAAAAGUGCUGGUUCAGCUGCGUUACACAGGAAUUCUGGAGACAGCAAGAAUUCGAAGACAGGGUUAUUCGCACCGCAUACUCUUUGCUAACUUCAUAAAACGGGAAUCUCUUAGAAAGAAAGAAACUGAGAAUGCAGCAUCCUCUAGUGAAAAGGAGAAGGACAAAGAACUUCAAGAAAAUGAGGAAUGUACAGCUGGAGUGAAGAGUGCCCUUCCUAAAACAGAAGAAGAAGCAGCUAUCGUUGUUCAAAGCAAUUACAGGGGCUACAGAGCCCGUAAAAAAAUAAAGGAAGAACGCAAAAAAAUAGCAGAGGAAGAAUUAUCUGUUGUGGAAUAUCUUGAAGCACAGCUGCAGCCAGCUGAAGAUGUUACACUGGAAGAAGCAGAGAAUGAGGAGACUCAAGGAGAAGGUGAUGCUGUUAAUGAUAAUGAGCACACUGGGAAUGGUGACAUAGGAAAUGUACAGGAGCAAAAGAUAAUAUCUGCUAAAGAAGAGAGAGCUUCUGUGAAGCAGAGGCCUGCAGUAGAGCAUUCUGAUGAAGGUGAAGAACAGGCAUCCUUGAAAGAAUCAUCCAGCAAAGCUUCUGUCAAAAUCACAGCUGAACCUGGUCCCCAGCAGGAGCAAGCUAACCAAGACACACACAGUGCAGAUGGGCAAAAUCAAGAAUCUGCCGUGGUCCAGCCUGAGACCAACAAGGAUGUGGAAAGAAACCAUCUGAAACAAGAAAUGAUACCUAGAGGAUGUAAAGGAGUUGUAAGAAAAGAGUCUCUAAGAGGUUCACGGAAGCAAGUUGAAGCAGAAAAACAAAGUUUAGAGGACAAAGAGAAAGCAGCAGUGGUUAUUCAGAGCAAUUACCGGGGUUACAAAAGGAGAGGACAACUCAGAAAAGAAGGGAAAUUACCUUGCAAAAGUCAAGAGAACACUGCAAAGGAGUCAACAGAAGCAGUACACAUUCAAAAUAAAGAUCUCCAAACAAAAAAAAAUAAGGAAAGCACUGUGACAGAGGCUGAGGGCUCUAAGACACAGAAGGGAGGAUCUGAAAAAGAGACUUGUGAUUUGGCGGCCUUUUCACGGCAGAUAUCAAAAUUAUCUGAAGACUACUUAGCAUUGCAGCAAAAAUUGAAUGAAAUGAUACUGUCACAUCAGCUGAGACCUGUGAUGAUGUCCAAAGAUAAGCAAACUAACAACCAACAUUCUUCUCAUGUUUGUCAGUCAGUUGCAGCCAAAGUAGAAGACACUCGCCCACUGCAAAGACCCCCAAGGAGGCCGCGGAAGCCCAAGACAUUAAAUAACCCUGAAGACUCCACCUACUACACUCUAAUACACAAAUCAAUACAAGAUGAAAAACGGAAACCAAGAAAAGAAAGUCUGGGCAAGGUGCUAGAUUUAGAUAUCUACUAUCAUGAAAUUUCAUCUACUGGUUCCACCUCAAAGGACAGCAGCUCUACCACAAAAAGAAAGAGGCAUCCCAUCGAGCGCAGAACUUCAACUUUAAGAGCUACUGAGAGGUCAAGGGUUGCGGAGAGCCCCCUGGAAGAAAGCAGAGCAGAAGAUAAUCCCUAUGACUACCGGAGGCUGCUGCGGAAGACCUCGCAGCGCCGGCGCCUUAUCCAGCAGUUCUAG